AUGUCUACUACUUACGAAAAGCUCAUGGAACAAUUACCAUCCACCGCUGUUAUAGAUGCAGUGGCUUCUGUGAGCGGUGACAAAGUUGUGGCGUCGGAUGUAGCAACUCGAGCGGGAGUCAGUCUGAGUCAAGCUAAGAAGGAUCUAACGGCUCUGGCAUCCCUUUCGAGAGGAGAUAUUUCGGUUUCUUCUGAUGGGGAACUAAUCUACGAAUUUCCGUCCAACUUAAAGGGUGUCCUAUCUUCAAACUCGGCAAAAUAUCAAGCACUUCAGGUCUUUGAGAAAGCAUGGCCAACUGUCUUUUGGGGAAUUCGGGUUAGCUUUGGAGUGGCUCUUUUGGCAUCAGUCGUUUUGAUUUUUAGCACACUGUUGGUCAUCAACUCGAGCUCGAGCAGCGAUGAUGACAACCGACGUCGGGACAAUCGUGGUUUUGGUGGGGGUGGUUUUGGCGGUGGUAUGAACAUUUGGUGGGGACCAUCUCCAUUCGAUAUUUUCUACUAUCGUCCUUACGGAUACUAUGGAUACUACGGCGACAGAAGUGAUGCCAAGGAUCCAGAGGAAAUGGGGUUCCUGGAGUCGACAUUUUCCUACAUAUUUGGAGAUGGAAACCCAAAUCAAGGUCUAGAAGAAAGGAGACUAGGCCUUGCUGCUCAAAUGAUUCGACAAAAUAAUGGUGCUGUGACGGCUGAACAAUUGGCCCCCUAUUGUGAUGCCCCGGACCCUUCCGAUUCAAAAAGUAGUUACGUGGAAGAAUCAUUUGUCUUGCCAGUGGUAACUCAACUGAAUGGAGAGCCUCGUGUCACUGACGAUGGAGAUAUUGUUUAUGUAUUCCCUGAACUUCAAAUAUCUGCAUUGUCUUCGGAAGUUGUACCCAGAACUUCUGAAACGGCCUUGGUAUUGAAACGAGCAGGUCUUCCUCCGUCUGCCACGGCAAGGGAAAUUCGCAACUUGCUCAACAUGAGUCGCAUCAGCACGACGGGAGCCCUAGAAAAGGAUGAUUUGAUCCGGCUACUAAAAGAGGCACUCCCACCAAUGACAAUGGAAGAAGAGGAAGAGUUGAUGCCGCAAGAUCCUGGUCUCCUUCUUGAGCGACAGUACAAAUUUAGCCUUGCUCCAGAUUUGAACAAAGUGCUAGCUGGUGGACUUGGUAUCGUCAAUCUUGGUGGGGCCUUGUACCUUGGUCGCAUUUUCAGUGAAUAUGCAAUGUAUGGUGUGCGCUUGCCUUCCUUCCUUGGGUUGACGCAGUCCAUUUAUCCACUCUUGCUGGGAUAUGCUGUGCUCUUCAAUGUGAUCCCGUUGGCUCGAAACUUUUGGAUCAAGUCAGAGAACAAGAAAAUUGGGGAACGGAAUCGAGCACGCCGAAAGUGGAAUGAGCGACUUAAGUCCAAGGCCGGCAACAUUGGGCGGAAACUUAAAUCAGCUGCCAAAUUUGCCACCAAUCGAAGGCAGCUGAAUGCAAACGAUGUCAUUUUCGAUACAAAGGAGUCUGCUGCAGAGAUGGAAAAGAGCAAGAAUCAACUAGAUUUGGAUGACUUUGACAAACUACUGGAUGGUGACGGAAGCUUUCAGUAA